AUGUCCAAGGGGAGCAAGUACCUGCUGGUGUCGCUGCCGACGUCCAUCUCGCCCUCGAACCACCAAGACGACGCCCUGACUGCCCUGCGCUCCACCGUGACCAAUGACGUGGGCACCACCUCGCCCUUUGCGAUUCCCAACUUCAAGAUCGGAACCCUCGAUGCGCUUGUCCAGCAGGCGGAUGAUCUCUCCAAGCUCAACAAUGCCUGCGAGGCGGUAGUCGCCAAGGUCGGCGACAGCCUAAGGCAGAUACUCGACGGCGAUGAGGGCAAGAUACAACAGCAGAAGACGAUCAACGACAAGCCUGUCGACCAGUAUCUGCGCAACUUCCAGUGGAACAAAGUCAAGUACCGGGCAGACAAGUCCGUUGCCGAACUCAUAGACGCACUGCAGAAGGAAAUACAAGGCAUCGACAACGACGUCAAGUCCAAGUUCAGCCAGUACAACCAGACCAAGAGCGCCCUCCAAGCCGCCGAGCGGAAGCGCACAGGAAACCUCGCGACCAAGUCCCUCGUCAACGUCGUAAACCCCAAAUCCAUCGUCCGCGACUCGGAAUACCUCGAUACGCAUCUCAUCGCCGUCCCGAACAACAACGUAAAGGACUUCUACAAAGACUACGAAGAGCUGUGUCCCAUGGUCGUGCCCCGCUCCGCCAACGAACUGGCCAAAGACUCAGAAUUCACUUUAUUCGCUGUCACCACCUUCAAGAAGCAUUCCAACGAGUUUGUGCACAAGUGCAGAGAGAAGCGGUGGACACCGAGAGAGUACCAGUACAAGGAGGGCAACAAAGAAGAGGAGGCCAAGGAGGCAGAACAAUUAGCCAAGGACGAGAAGAAGCUCUGGGGCGAGGCGUUACGGCUGGGCCGCACAGGAUAUAGUGAAAGCGCCAUGAUCUGGAUUCACGUCAUGGCGUUGAGGGUGUUUGUCGAGACGGUGCUGCGAUACGGUCUACCGCUCGACUUUGUAUGCGGCAUAGUCCAGACCGAUCCAAAGUCAGCGAAGAAGGCGAAGUCAAAUCUCGAUUCGGCUUACGCAUACCUCGGCGGCAACGCCUUCGGCCGCGACAGCAAGGGUCGCAUCCAGAAGGACGACCAGGCUCUGUCUACUGACAUGGCACAAGCUGGUCAGAUGGAGCAAGAGUACACGGCGUACGUGUACUACGAGUUUGAGGUGCUAUAA